AUGAACGGAGGUACAGUAAAACAAGUGCAUGGGCUUGCAGGGAGCCCCCAACCCGACCAAUCUCAGCUAGGGCCGCUCGUGACCUUAGAAACGAAGGACGUCCCCAUGGAGGGAGUAGUCCUCCUUGAAGGAUACGGGAGCUCCUGGCUGAAGCCUAGGGUGCUGUGCUCAGUGGAAUCCGCCGCUCGUGCUCAUCCUGAUAUCCCUGUCACGUUGCUCAUGACUUCUAGGAACGUCAGUGACACAGCACUGCUACAGGCACUGAAAACAGAAUUCCCAAACCUUCAAUUACUGCACUUGGAAGUCGAUCAUCUAUUCAGGGAUUCCAUCCUCGAGUACUGGUACAAAGAGAGAAUGUGGGAGCAUAGUUACUGGCCGAAAUCCCACUUCAACGACAUCCUCAGAUGGCUAAUCUUGGAAAGGUACGGAGGCAUCUACUUGGACCUGGACGCCCUGGUCCUUCGCUCUUUAUCCUCUCUGCCAAAUUCCGCGGGCCUGGAGUCCGACAAAUGGGUGGCGGCGGGAGUCCUCAAAUUCUCCCCAGGACACGACGUCAUUCGAGGCUGCAUCGAACGCAUUGCUGAGCACUUUGAUGGGACGGUCUGGGGAGCCAACGGUCCGGAGGUCCUCACCGAAGUUCUGGUACACACGUGUGCUUUGCGAUUACCGUCAGGAGAAACACCAAAAUGCAAAGAUGUCAAAGUGAUGUCGCCCAGGGCAUUCUACCCUAUUCCCUGGUGGGACUGGAAGCGUUACGUAACGGAAAACGAAGACCUCUCACGAGAGCUGUUGAACGACGAAUCUGUCUUCGCACUGCACGUAUGGAAUUUACAUACGCAAAACACAAAAGUUGACCUUAUGUCAAACCAGCCUUACGCCAGCGCAGCCCGAGUUCUCUGCCCUACCACUGUCAAUCAUAGUGGCUCCUAUUUGUGAUUCUGGACGACUUAUUAUAGAAGACUCUUGCAGACGGGAGAAUGUCGUUUCCAGUGUGGGCUGCUGACGAAUGAACUGCAAUGCAAAUUUCUUACUUGUCCCAGGAUGAUCUACUAGGACUAACGGAAAUCGUCAGUAUUGCAUUAGGGGUUUUAAAAAUUCUCUAAUCACGAAAAAGCAAUUCAAUCUGCAUCAAUUCAUAGGCUUUUUUUAAUAAUGAGAGAUAUUAAAAACAUUUAGUAUUUCUCUUGUCAUGCUAAUGAUCAUGCAAAUGGUAAAAUUCACCUACAAGAGUUUUAGGCACACAGAUUAUGAGGUUUUUUCAUUUUGAUAAGAUAUGACAAUAGCGAUUAAUUACAGUUUGUAUUAAGCUAUCAGUAUCCCUCUUAAUGAAGAGCAAAACUGACUUUAGUGAGCCUGAUAUAUAUAUAUAUAUAUAUAUAUAUAUAUAUAUAUAUAUAUAUAUAUAUACAUAUAUAUAUAUAUAUAUAUAUAUAUAUAUAUAUAUAUAUAAGUGGCUGGAAAAUGAACAACAUAACGCUCUCACUUAGCCUAGGUGGAAUGGAAAAAAAAAUUAAGCUGAACCUCUUAAAGGGGAAGCGUUAACUGAAACUAGACGGAAAUAUUAAAGACUGCAACGGGACUGAGAGGUAUUACCAAUUCAAAAGACAGAGAAACAUUACCAACCAAAACGGGACAGAAAAGUAAUGCCAGUUUUAACGAGAGAGAGAAGUUACUAGUAAAAACGAGACUGGGAAACAUUACCAACUGAAACGAGACAUAACACAUAACCAGGUUUAACGAAGCAGAGAGAUUAAUAGUUAAAACAGAGAAAUAUUCCUAACUGCAACGAGGCGGAAAGUCCUCUUUGCAACACGGAGAGAGGAUGUUUUGAGGCAAACAUUUAAUUCAGUUAUUAUUGAGGAGAAAAAAAAGAUAGAUAAAUUUAUGUAAAUGUCAGCGUUCUCCUCCCAACCGGGAAGGAUUAGACCAAGAAACAGCGUGUACUUCCGCAUGUAGUCUAUACACUAUCUACGGGAAAUAUCCACAUAGUAGGCCUAAUGAGCCUAUUGUUAUGGCUAAUUUACACCCUACAAUAUGCGUUCUGAUAUGUAUUCGAUUGGUACUGAUUUGAUUAGGCCUAUAUAUAUUGAAUAUGGAUGACGAAACAACAUUCAUAUUGAUUGUCUCUUGCUAAUGAUUUAAAUCUUUUAACAUUUUUACAAUAAACUAUUUUCGAAACAAGCUCUAUAUCUCAUUUCCUAGUAGUACUUUACUUG